AAUUGGUAAAUAUAUAUUUUCCGCUUUUAAGUGACAGUAGCGAUUCACAUGAACUUCGUAAUAAUUUCAAAGACAAGGUUUUUGCUUCAUUUGUUCUUCCAUUUUCUUCGCUAUUUGUUACUUUUCUACUGGCUGCUUGAAACUUUCAUCAGAAAUUAAUGGAAAAAAUAUUAUAAUGAUUCGGUGAUCCAAACUUUUAUAACAAAUCAGCAAGAACAGUUAGAAAUUAAGAGGAUGAUGAUUCAUUUACCAAACUUGACAAACUUUCUAAGCAAGCAGGAUUGAUUACCCAUUUGUACAAUUCAAAUUUAAUAAAUGAGAAAACAACACAGCUUGACAUUUUGAAAUCCUGUCGAAACCAAACCCGGAUUAACAAACAACAAUUUAUCAUGAAACGCUACUUGAAAACUUUGUUAAUUCUACUUCUUGCUACAACCUUUAUUCUGUUAAGAGUAAUAUUUGUUUGCGAUUAUACUGAUGAAACGAAAAAUUGUGAGAUCAAUUGGCCGAAAAAGGAUGGUGUAAAACCUUUCAAAAAAGAUAGCCAAAUGCCUGCAAAAGAAGCGUCGGCCCUCAACAAAUCCUUCCCAGACUCGGCGUAUUUUCUUCACAAACAGAGCCCGAUGAGCCAAAAAGCCUAUUGCAACACAAUUAAUUCAUCAAGUGUCGGUUUAUUCGCACAUAUCUACGAGCAAUCUCUUUGCUUACACCAGACAAAAAUUGAUAAAACCACGACUGAAUCUAUAAAAUACAAUCCCAAUUACAAAAUUCUCUCACAAGAACUUGAAUCAAACUGCAAUAUAAUGAUACCUUUUCGAAAUGAAGCCCCAGAAUUCCCCUCAAAUGUUAAUAGAAAAAGUGGCUUUGAUUUAAACAUAAACCGAAAUUGUACUUCAAACGCUUUCGUCGCUAUUGCACCAUAUCAUGAAAUCAAGUCACGUCUCUGGAAUUUUUUGGAGCAUUAUGGACAAAUCAUGAGAAGAGAAGGGCGACUCAACUUACUAAUAUCUACAUUAUUUAUGGACAAAGAAGAUGUUCAGAAAGCAGCGGAAAGAAAACUAUCACAAAGUGUCUUAGAAAGGUUUCAUUUGGUCUCAGAUAAAGUCGAAUAUAUGUCGCGAGGCCGACUGAGGAACAAUGGAGCGAAAGAGGCCAUCAAAAAAUUCGGCAGCAAAGCAACGCUUCUCUUCACCGACAUUGACGUUUUCAGUACCAUUGAAUUCCUCCAGAGAUGCCAGAGUUACUCAAUCCAGACCCACAGCGUCUAUUUUCCAGUAGUAUGGAGCGAAAAAAUGCCCAAAAAUGAGUUCAAUGAUUCUUUACCAAAGGUUAGCGGGUUUGAUUUAGGUAUCACAGAACACAAACUGAACCGCUCAUUGAAAGAGCGAGGUUUCUGGCGCCGGUUCGGCACUGGAAUGUCGUGCAUGAAAGGUUCGGAUUUCCAGAACCUUGGCGGGUUCCCAGAAUAUCUUGGAUGGGGUAGCGAAGAUACGACUUUGUACCGAAACGCUUUAAAUAGUGGUCUAUCUGUACUAAGACUUGAAGAUAGAGGAUUAAUCCAUAAAUGGCACCCAAAAAACUGUACCCAAGAAUUUGCUACAAAAGCCCUCAAAAGCAGCGACUUGUCCUUGGAUCGAAUAAGACAUUGUAAAAACGUGAAUAAACAACAUUUAUGAUAGUUUAUCCAAGUAUAUAAGUA